AUGGUUCGGACACCAAACAAUGAAGGACGUUUCCACCGUGGUCAUCAUAAAUAUGAGAUCAAAGCGACGGGCGACGCUGCAAAGAAUUAUGAUUUUAUCAGCGCUCGACCUCCCGGCAAGAAGACCAACGUAAUCGAGUCGAUUGGCCAUCUAGUCAAGAGUUGCCUCGGUGGUGGGGUGAUGGCGAUACAUGAGUCCUACAAGCAAUGUGGGCUGUGGACGUCCCUUGUAUUGACUGUGGUUUUGGGUUUUUUUAUCAGCUACUGUAUGUAUAUUCUUGCAAGAUCGGCUCAGAAGAUCUACGGUCGUGUGCAAGUGCCAGCUAUGUCUUACCCUGAUUUAGCCCAAGCUGCUUUGGAAACUGGGCCUUUUGACAAACUCAAGAAAUACAGCAAAUGCUUCAGGUACGCUGUAGACUUUACGAUAUGCGCCGAUCUCUUCGGCUCGUGCUGCGUGUACCAGAUCAUGAUCUCCAGAACUAUCAAACAGUUGGUAGAGGGCACUGAUGAUAUCUCCCCAGAUGGUAAUCCACCCUUAAGGGCGUAUGUUGCGAUGCUUUUAAUCCCAUGCGUUCUCAUAUGCAUGAUAACUACUCUGAAGUACCUCGCGCCGUUCUCGAUAUUAGCCGACGUGAUUAUACUAAUGGUAGCGGGAGCAACGAUUUACUAUGCUGUGAAGAUGGCAGAAAUGACACCUUUCGAGUUUCCAAUAUUUAAAACCGUCGCUGGUCUCUUCGAAUUUAUGGGAGUUUGUGUAUUUAGUAUGGAAGGGGUCGGUGUCACUUUGGCGAUUGAAAAUUCCAUGGAGGAACCUAGAAAGAUACCUAUUGUACUAGCUGGAGGUAUGACGAUUGUAGUGUGUAUCGUGCUAACUGUCGGUUUCUUCGGUUACUGGGGUUUUGGUGAAAAGGCCAGGUCGCCGGUGACUAUAAACUUUCCUCUAGAACCAUUCCCAAUAGCUCUAAAACUGUUGAUAGCGCUGAUGAUAUACGUGACCUUCGCCCUUAACUUCUGGGUGCCAUUCGAUCUGGUCUGGUACUAUAUCAAGCAGAAGUACGACCCCGCGAAGUACUGGCUAUGGGAGAGAGUUUACAGAGCUCUAUUUGUAUUCGUUAUUACAAUAAUUGCCGUUAUCUUUCCAGCUGUCACAAAGUUCAUUGGAUUGCUUGGUUCCUUCUGUUUGUCGAACAUGGGUUUCAUAUACCCAGCAUUCAUAGAAUUGUGCCUGGACUGGACAGAUCCAGGGCUGGGUAUCAUGAUGUGGAGGCUCUGGAAAUUCGUCUUUAUCCUCAUUUUCGGUACUAUACUUUGCAUCGUCGGUACUUACAGCAACGCGAAAGAACUCAUUGAUGAAGUAUUUUGAAGUUCUUGAUAAAUUUUAAAGAAAUAUACCGAAAUACAGAAAAUUGUGUGUGAUGUUUGUGAUUACAUUGUGUGAAGUUUCAAGUUGUUAAUUUUAUAGGAAUUUGUAUUAAUGUGGAUUACCAAUUGUCUACUUGUAAAUAAUUUUUUAUGUAUUUGACAUUAUUAAACGUUUUUUU